UAAUGAUUAUUUCUAAAUUAAUUAAUUUCACCCUAUAUUAUUGAUAUAUAUAUAUAUAUAAAUGUGCGCGUGUGUAUUGUAACCAACAAACAAGUUAUCUGUAACCCCCAUCGUUGUACUAAAAUGUCACUAAUUGCCCACAGCCUUAUUAUCAGUUAUCCCUUUCCGCAAAUCUGAUCUUAAUCCAACUGCUCUCACCUACCACGAAUUAGCAGCCACCAAAUCCCUGGGAUGAUCCUAUCCGUGACGCGACUUCGCCUGCUUUGUUAACAAAAAUAAAAAAUUAACAGCAAAGUUUAAAAGAAAGAAAACUUCAAUAAUCUCAAGGCAGAUCUUUACAAACAAAAUGAUAACCAGCGUCUCACAAACCAUUUUCUACCUGGCAAUAACAUCACACCCACUUCUGUUUACUUGCAAUGGAAUCAAUUCUGAAGAAUAUUUUGACUAAUGGACCAACCAUGUUUAACAAUUCCCUGAUGGUUUUACCCAAGAGGAGUUGUCUUAGAAAACUAGUAAUUCCAAAGUCCGGACUGGGAUCAAGAUUUCUCAUGUUGUAUCCAUUCACCAGUCAAGUCACUUCCUUUAAAGACUCAUGAUCCCUCUCUCAUUCUCCCUAUCUCUCUUUCCCUCUCUGUCUUUCUCGUUAUGUCUUGUAUCCUAACUGCACCGUUCUUAUUUUCCAUUCGCUGACCAAUCCAUCUUCGGUCAUUUCGUCUUCAUACCUGUUUUGGGCCAGUUUUAAAAUGCGAUCACAUCAUUUUUUUUUUUUCUGGACACAUAAAAUUACAGCAAUUUCUUAUGGAAUUUGAAAAUAAUUUUUGGGUUAAUAAUUUAAAGAAAAUAUAUAACAAAUACAUAUACUCACAUACACACACGUGCACAUAUAACUGGUAUUUCAGUUGACAGCUUUCCCAUUACUUCAAGUUUCACACUGGAGAAGCAUUCAUCAGAUGGCAUAUCAACAAAGAAUUCUACUUAAAAUAUAUUUACUCUAUCUGGUAUAUUGAGUACUUUUUAUUUUGUGCCACGAAUUGCAAACAGUUUGGGCUAUUUGGACCUGUGUGUAAGAAUCACAUGAAGCUCUAAUAUGAAACAUACAGGGUCUGCUGGAAUCAUCUGUAAAUACAGACUGAAUAUUGUAUUUAAAGGCCUCUUGGGAAUAUAAUACUAAACAAUUUUUAUGGUUUCUUUUCCUCUUAGCCAUAUAAAACUUCAUCUGUCCAAUAUUAUAUAUAUAUACAUAUAUAUAUAAUAAUCUUAUAUAUUAAUCAGUUAAAAUAAGUUUUUUUUAUUUUUUAUUUUUUUUCUCUUCUCUGUUUGGAAUCCAUAAUGUUCUUGUGUACACCAAAGAUUGAAGAAUUAUUCCUAAUUCAUAUCUUUUUUUACUUUAUAUACUUCAUGCUAAAGUCAACCAAAUCGCACUUCACUCGAGAACUGUAUAUAUUAUUGAAUAUCUUUUCUAAUGUGUAUAUAAUUUCAGCAUUAUAUAACGAUAGUUUUAAAUGGAUUAUAAAUACUUUACAUUCGUUUUUUAACCGCGUUGAAAACAUGCGAAAGUUUACUGGAUCUAUAUUCCACCACCAUAAUAAUAAUGUGUGUUUGUCACAUCCAUUGAUUUCAUUCUAGCCAUUGUUUUACUUUCAACAAACGCUCUGAAAUAGGAAAAUAGAAAGAGAGAUAUACCUGUUGGGAAAAGCAUCACAGAUAAAGCUGUAUCAAAUUAAGUCUUAUUCAUACCUAAACAAUGCGUUUACCAUUGUAUCUCAUAAGAAUCGCUCUCAAACUUUUAACCCCGAGUUACCCAAAUCCACUUCUGUUUGUGAUGCAUUAUAGCCAGAUCUCCCAUAUUCUUACCUAAUAUGUUGAAUCUUGACCUUCUCAAGCAAAGGGCUUGCUUUGCCCGAGUUACAUAUCGGAAUUUGUUUCGUUUGAUCACAUUCCUGGUGCUGGUGUUCGCACUUCUAAUUUUCCUUUCCCAUUACUAUCUAUCUAAAAUCAGUGGUGACAAUGUCAGCAGUGAGGGUGAUCAGUCACAUUCCAAACCGAACCAUUUGGGCGAAGACAAUGAAAAGCUGGAAAAGAUUGACCUUUGCUUGCAUGUCAGCGAGCUGAAGCAGAUUCGUGCAUCUGUCAACAACGAACUGCGACUGUUAGAAAGCAAGCGCCAGCACCUGCAAGCAGAACUCUCAGGUUACAAUACAAACAUUCAAAGACUGAAGAAUGAGCAUGAAAAACUGAAGAGAGAUUUAGAACGUCUAAAAAUCACAAUAGCCCAAGUAAAACUCGAAAAGGAAGAAAUAACCAAGCAGAAUGUUCCCCUGCUGCUUGCCCCCAAAAUCAUCCGCCCAAAUGCUUCAGACAGUCUCUACAUACCUUUACCAAGAUACCCCAGCAUUUGCCAGAUGCAUAAUUGUUUUGACUAUUCCCGCUGCUCCCUAAUUUCGAAAUUUCCUGUGUAUAUUUACAACCCUCAAAAAUUUUUAAUCGGAAAACACAUGAACCUUGACCUUUUGUUAAAUCUUCAGCAAUCCAGUUUUUUAAAGGAUUAUCUUACAGUCGAUCCGAACGCUGCUUGUGUUUCUAUAGUUUUCAUUGGGGAGCUCCGAGGUGUGCGUGCAAGAUCCUUGCAGUUGCUGUUGCUAAAAUUGCCAUACUGGCGCGGCGAUGGUCGCAACCACAUCUUAGUGUCCCUUAGUAAGCGCGUGUCGGACCUCGAAUUAAUUAACAAUGUAAAUACCGGUCGUGCCAUCUUAGUCAACACAUUCUUCACAUCGUCCUCAUUCCGUCGUGAUUUCAACAUGAUCGUCCCCCCAGUGAUUCGGUCGUGGCUGAGUGCUUCCAGCUGGAAAGACAUGUCACACAUGUCUCCGAUACAGAGAAAGUAUCUGCUCAGCUACGCUGGGGAACAUCCGGACUCCAAACCACUGCCAGCAAGCCACUUAAAGACCAUUGUAGAUAUUGAGCCGAACCCCGACGGUCAGCAAAACGCCGACACCGAAAACCUUAGCAACAACAACAGCAACAGCAACAAUAACAACAACAGCAACAACAACAACAACAAUAAUGGUGUAAAAAGUAAUGUAAAUAAUAACAGCAAUGCAAACAGUGAUUUUAAUGACCAAAGUUACAGAGUUCGACAACUGAAAAGUCUGAUAUCUGAGCAAGUACUAAAUAAGAACCUCGACACCAUUAUUCUGGAUACUCUGAAAGGGAUUCAGUCCUUAAAGACAGACCCCUUUUCAUUUGUGUUUUCCUGUCGCACGUCCCCCGAGCGAAUCGCAAUAGCUGGCGAGUGGUCACUGUGUGAGAGCGACCUGUACCGCCGCGAAGUCAUCAUGCAGUCUACUUUCACUUUGAUCAUUGCCCCCAAAAAUACUUCCUUCAUAUCAACCCCUUUGAUACAUAUCAGGCUGUUGGAAGCCUUGAAGUAUGGCUCAAUCCCUGUGGUUUUAGGCAAUUAUGUACAGUUACCAUUUAGUGAGCUAAUAGACUGGCAAAAGGCCAUCAUAGUAUUGCCAAAACCUCGAAUAACAGAGCUGCACUUUCUCCUGCGUACAUACACGGACAAUAUUAUUGCAGAAAUGCGUCGUCAGGGUCGGUUUCUGUGGGAGACAUAUUUUUGCUCAUUUGACAGAGUCAUGGCCAUGGUUCUGGCUACGGUUCGGACACGAUUACAAAUUCCAGCAGCCACAGCGAAAGAGACUGCUUCUCCGAGUUUUUUCAACAUGACUGUGGUUCCGAUGAAAUUGGAGAUGGAGGACAUUGAUCCGGAGACUGAUGACGUGUUAGGACCAGUCGAACCCCCUUUCCCCUCUCAAACCUUCAACCAUAACUUUUCACAAAUACGAAACUAUGAGAAAUUCAAUUCCUAUGGGGAUCCAUUCCACUCUUUUGCUUCAACUCCAUUUGAACCUGUCCUUCCAUCCGAAGCCAAAUUCUUGGGCUCAGGUUACGGAUUUCGACCAAUCAACAAGGGAGCUGGAGGGGCCGGUAAAGAAUUUAGCGAAGGGCUCGGUGGAAAUGUUCCUCGGGAGCAAUUUACAGUGGUGAUGUUAACCUAUGAGCGUGAAACUGUGCUGAUCAGUGCUUUGCAGCGUCUGAAAGGAGUACCUCAUCUAAAUAGAGUAGUGGUUGUUUGGAACAGCCCCAAACCACCACCUGCUGAUCUUCGGUGGCCAGAUAUUAAUGUCCCUAUCAGUGUGAUUAAAACAGAGCGCAACACUUUAAACAACCGUUUCCUACCAUUUGAUGUAAUUGAAACUGAAGCUAUACUUAGCAUUGAUGACGAUGUCCAUCUUCGCCAUGAUGAAAUCAUUUUCGGCUUCAGAGUGUGGCGUGAGGCCCGUGAUCGUGUUGUUGGAUUCCCAGGACGCUUUCAUGGCUGGCAUGCUGAUGAGAAGGCUUGGCACUACAAUGCCAACCAUUCUUGCGAACUGUCGAUGGUACUUACCGGAGCAGCCUUCUUCCAUAAAUAUUAUGCCUAUAUGUAUUCCUAUGUCAUGCCACAAGCUAUUCGAGAUAAAGUCGAUGAUUACAUUAACUGCGAAGACAUUGCUAUGAAUUUCUUGGUUGCACACCUCACACGAAAGCCUCCUCUGAAGGUGACCUCUCGCUGGACAUUUCGCUGCCCAGGAUGCUCCCAGGCUCUUGCAACGGACGUAACUCAUUUUGAUGAGCGACACAAAUGCAUAAAUUUCUUUGCUAAAGUCUAUGGCUACAUGCCAUUACUGUACACACAAUUUCGCAUCGAUUCGGUUUUAUUCAAAACCAAAAUUCCACGUGACAAGCAGAAGUGUUUUAGGUUAAUUUGAAACAAUCGCUGCAUCAGAUCAAGAGAGACAAAAAAAAAAAAAAAAAGAAAAGAAAAUAAGAGAUCCCUGAUAAAUGCUCAACUAUUUCAUUUUUACCCUCACCGCUUACAGCUAAACGUAACUCGAUGCAACGAUGCGUGCUAUCAGUUCAUCAUUGUACAUAUAAAACUUCGUCAAAACAUAAUUUAUCACUGGUUUACAAGGUUUGAAAUAAUGACUUGGAAUAAUUGUAGGCAACAGGGGGAAAAAAAAAAAAAAAAAAGGCCUCAAUCAUUCUGACAAAAUACUAAAUUCUUCACUGAUAUAGUCAUCUCAU